CCUGGACUCCUUAUGUCAUGUGCUGCACGCUUAAGGGAGGAUGUUUCAUGGCGCAUGAGACGCAGGACUUUUUUUGCAUAGUAACAAAGACAAAGUCAUGCAUACGCUGUGGAUCGUAAGGAACUCUGGCACAAAACAGAAGGCACAUGAAUCUCCCUGCACAGAUGGGGCAUCAGCAUCUGCUUCAAGUAGCAUGUGAUUCACAGUUUAAUAACAGAUACCUCGUCCCAGAAGAGAGGGAUGCAACUAAAGCAUAAGCCGCAGAAAAUAAUAAGAACUGGAAGAAGUGACUUGAAGAUAGCCAAGGCUAUGACAGAAACACAGGUCUUAUUUCGAUGCAGACUGAGGGUAAGAACAGCUCUGGAUAUUGAGGGCCCCUCCUCCCCUGUCAAAUCUGGGACUCUUCCACUGCAUGCUGCUUUUCUUCAUAGCUGCUGUGAGCCCAUGUAUUGCCAGGUACAGCUACAGGUCCUGGAAGUUUCAGAAGAUGUGCUACUUCACACGCUGACACCUUAUGAAGUGGAACACCAUCCCUAACCUCAGUAAAUUAUCUGAUGACAGCAGCCACUACAGACAGCCUGUAAGUUGCUGAGAAAGGUAUGCUUUUCAGCUCAGCUGCCUCUUCUCUAGGCAGACUUCUUUCCCCCUUUAACCUGGGGGAGAGGGUAUUAUUUAUACAUAUUAUUACCUACUUAUAUAACCCUGGCAUCCCAGAACGUGUUGCAGAACCCAGGACUACUUGUGCCAUACAGUGUGGAAAUACAGAACAGCUUGACUGGGGUUUGGGCACUAACAAAAGUGCAAAGAUGUGUUGAGAACACAGAUCUGCUGCGAAGGUAACCUGACCAAGUUUUGUCUGUGUAAUUCAUAUCUAAAGCAGACCGUGCUCAUCAUAACCCAGAGUCUUGUCACAGGAGAGGACAACGAAGUGCUAAAGUCUGGCUGACUCUGAUAACUGCUGUUUGCUAGGUUAGUAUGCUGAGUUACCCCUUUGGGAGGUUUAAUACAGAACUAAUAAGUGACACUUCUUCUGCCUGCUUGUGUGUUUUGGCUGCCCUUCCAUGGAUCUGCACAGACUGCCAGCCUUGUCUGUGAUGUUUCAGGAUUGCUUGCAGAUUUUCAAACUCAGGAAAAAGGAAAACUGAAAAUGAAGCCAAGGAGCCGAGCAGAAGUGUCACGGAGAUGUGACAGAGGCACUGUGCAAUGGUGGGAGGGACCAGGAGGUCCUCUCUUCUUCAGAGGCAAUCGUGUAGCAAAAUUUUUUUGCAACUAAUAGCUUCCUAUAAUACAUUGCAAUGGGAAAUGAGCCUCUGGAAAAGAAGCUUAAACAAAUCUGCCAAAAACUUCACAACAAAGUCUUCCAAGUUUCCAAAAUAUGAUGGAAAAUAUCCUUUGGGGUCAGCAAGCUGAACUGCAAGCCCUUCCCAGGACUGCAACCAUAAACACGGAAAGAUGGAUUCGUUCCAACAGAGGCUGCUGGGACCAGAAGCAGCGAGGGAAGGCGCCACAGCAAACCGCUCUCGCUCCACAGACGGCACUGCCCACGGCGGGGUGGCAGCCGCUGCAGGGCAGGGUGCUAUGGCCCAGGUGCAGCUCAACACCUGGCUGAUCCUGUGCGUGUUUGCUGGAUCCCCGAGGCUGACAGAUGAACAUCCUCACAGCAGGAAUGAUGCCGGCACCAACACACCCCGUCACAGCCCAGAAGAUGCUGACGUCAUGUUAGAGAUGCUCUGGAGAGGGCUGGAUAUUCAGACUGACGGGACAAUCCAGCUGCAGGAUGAAGAGCUGGCCUCCCUGCGCCCAACACGGCGAUUCAUGCAGAUUUUAGAGGAUGAAGUGCCCAAAACACCGACAGAGAUUGAGCAGCAUCUGAGAUAUUAUUCACUGACUGACACCCCCUUGCCCCUAACAGAGUUUGACCGUCUCCUUUUCACCAGCAUUUACUGUGCCUAUCAGGUUCGCUCCAUGCAGGGUCUGGAUAAAAAUCUCUGGAUUAGUUUUUUCUCUCAGCUGGUUGAUGAAAUCUUUCGUGAUCUGUGCAAGGGGCUCUGCCCUGCAAAUACCACCCUUCUCCUGGCUUCCUGGCCUUGGAAGGAGAAGCCUGCACAUUUAGCAUCCCUGAAACAUUUCUAUCAUUCUAAUCUGGCCAGGACCAAGAGAGACACUUACUAAGGGAAACUACUGUAGGAAAGGACACACCUGACUUCAGCUGCACCCUUGGUUAUUUUGAAUGCUUUGUACCAAUUUGUAAUUUGUACAAAUACACCACACCUUUUUUGUCCUGCUUUCUGCAUUGCACUGGCAACCCUCUAAGGAUUUACACACAAGCUUUUAUUUUUAAAUUAAAUAGGGCAAAACUAUAAAGUGCAUUUCACCCUUUCCUGUUUUUUUUUUUUUUUUUUCUUUCUUUUUUCUUCUGUUUCUUUAUUGCUUUUUAAGUGGACUGUGCUGAAGGGGGCAGUGUUACUUAGAUGUGUUAUCUCUCCUGAUCACUGAUGCUUACUGGGGAGAUGCCCUGGCAGGUUUUUUCAGGAUGUUACACUGGUGUCCUAGCUGACUUAAUUUCAGAUGAUUCAGUUCAGCCUCCUAUAUUCCCCCUGUGGUUUCAGCCAAAUACAGUAUCUUUUCUCCUCUCCAGUAACCAGCUAAGCAGAUUUGGUUGUGGUUCAUGAUAUAGCUCACAUAUUUAAUUUCAGCUUUCUGCUUAUGUAGCAUCACAUUUUGAGUCCAUAGUAAGUAAUUUCCCAUGUCAUGUAUUAAUUUUUCUUUAGAAAGCAACCUGAAAAUGUAUGUAUUCCAUGAAGCUUUCUAGUAUUUGCAUAUCAUGUGUACACAUGUACGCUGCUUUGUGCCAGUUAUCAGUUUGAAAUAUACUUCCUUAAACCUCAUUUAAAUUCCUAAGGAUUGUGACCUAGUUAUUUCUUCAGCAGAUUUUACCUCUUCUAUGAAGUUUUUUUGUACAGCUAUGGCACUUUACAAGCCAAACAUAAUAAGUACACAAUCGCUAUCCUCAAAAUAAAAAAUGCAGUUGUUUUAUAGAAAGAGAUCAUUAACCUUUCUGCCUUACACAUUGCAGUGUGGAAUUAAAUGAAUGUAAUUAUC